AGGGGCGACCAAUCCAUUUGGUGGUCAAUAUAAGGUACGUGGUCACCCUACGUCAACUGAUAAGUUGUGUUGAAUGUAUUCAAAAACAAACAGACCUACAAGUCUACAAGCCUGGCCAAUUUGGUGGGAACCUGGGACAAAACCAAACGCUAUAUCCGCAUUGAAUGGAACGGAGUGGCCCUCUAAAUCGGAGGAAUUCGCCCAUGAGCCAUGACCUGUCCCUCAUAGACCACUGAAUCAAGUGGUUGACACGCUUACCACGUCUUUGAUCCAGAUCACAGCUCGACCGACUCGGUCGUCAUUCCGUUGUCAAGCCAAACCCAAGCGAAUUUCAGUCCCUAAGAGGAGAAGGAGGAAGGCGCGGACGACGUCAUUAAACAGGCCCCUUCUUGCCUUCCUGGGGGAUUACAAACACCCGGUCUGUGAGCAUCCAGUGGGGCUCAAUGGUGGCCGAGUUGAUGUGGUCUGUCCAUGAGGUAGUUUCUCGGGGUCUAAGUGGGCCAACCCUGCCGCAUGCCGAGUCCCAUCCAUGUUACUUGGCCCAGGCUCAGCCAGGGUUGUGCCUUAGCUGAUCGCUCUACCCCCGUUGGAUUGGAGCCGAUUGAUGGCCAUGAGCUCGGAGACGCCCGGUCCGCCCGGUCCGCCCGGUCGAGGCUCUGGAGCCAAGGGUGGCCCCGUGGCCCAUCUCCCGGCAGCAGCAGUGCCUUGGCCUUUAGCUUCCUCCGGGCCGAGCUCGAGUCAAGGUGGUUCGGGCGGGUCGUCGUGGCCAUCGUCGUGGGAGGAUCAGGUGGAUGCGCGUUUUCAGGCCUUGCUCCGCCCCAUCAAGGACUUGACCGAGAAUUGGCAGGUGCCGCUCUCGCGUUACCUCGAAGAUUACAUGGAGGAACUCAGCGACCUGCGAAUCAAUCUGGAAGGCGGUCAAGCCCCGGUCAAUUUUGCCCAGGCCGCCCUUUUGUUGCAAGGCACGGCCUCCGUCUACAGUAAAAAAGUUGAAUUCUUGUGGCAAAAUGUGCUCAAAAUGUUAGAUUUGUUGGCCAGUCAAAAGGCGUUGGAUGAUGCUGCCCGCCAAACCGGUUUGGAGGCCGGCAAGUCUGGACGACGCGGUGGGCGUCGUUUGAUCGGAGCCCAACAUGAUUUCAAUGAUUUCAGUCUGAUCACCGCUGAUCUAGCCCGGAACACUAAUCUCAAGACUGACGCCUUAGGUGUGGAAAAAGCCCGCGAUCGUAAGGUGACCUUAAACUUCAUCACCGUCACGCCGCGUCAACUCAUCGAAAAGGAGGGUAAAGAGCAGAAAGUGGUCAGAGUCAAUCUGCACACCCGCAACCAAAAGGACUUGUUGGGUCAGAAGGACGACUAUCGCAUCAACGCCCAAUUCACCCUCAACACCGGGAUGCUCGGCGAGGACCUGACAGUCGGCAUGUAUUUGGCUCAACACUCGGUUUCUCUCUUUGAUGAAAGCUCCCUUCUGGCUUCGAGUUCCCGCUUACCGCCACCCAUCCUCGCUAGUCCUCUCCUCGAGCCCAGUGACUUUAUUGCUGGCAGUCCCGAACCUUUAUCUCCGCCUGGCACGCCCACGCCAGCCGAACUGGUACCUUCAACAGCCGACAAGGCUGAUAGCCCGCCCACUGUACCUGAUAAGUUUGACGAAGUCCUCAGUAGCCCCAUCGUCAAGCAUUCUAUGCUUAUGGAAAGCAAUUGCCUUUCAGCCCUCGGCUUACCAUCCGAUCCGACCAUCCAGCCCUCCUUGGGUGACACGUUGGAGAAGAAGCGCCGACGGGAUCGAUUUCAAGAGAACCUCGACGAGACCAAAGCCCCCUUGGAAAUGCCUUGGGAGCCCAUUAACCCGGAGGAGGCCAUGAUCUUACCCAAACCUGCCAAAAGAGCCAAACCGGCCAAGAAACGUGUCAUGAAAAUUGACGAUGAACCCGUCCGGCGAAAACCCGGUUGGCGGUCCAAGAAAGGCAUCAAAACCGGACAGUAUUCUCAUUUACCCAAAGUAACAGUGCCCGUGGAAGAAUUCCUGAUUCACGACCUGAUGAGCCGAACCUACGAACCAAUGAGCUUGAUGCCCGACUUCAAUGUCCGAGAAGAUUCCGCCGUCGAUAUUAUCGAUGACGAUUUGUGUUUUGUAGGCCCGGACACAGAAGAUCAUAUCGACCCUGUCCCGGAUCUGUUUGAGCCGAUUGGUUCCUCGGCUGAUUCAUUAUCGCAACCUUCGAUGAGGCUGUCGUCAUAUGAAGGUGGAGCAAAAAAGUUAGACGACACGGUCGAUUCUUAUGAGGAAUUAGUGAUGAAACGCGUGGCUGCUUAUGUUCAGCAGUCCCAAGACUACAUUCUGUCUACAGAUUUGGCCAAGAAGGUGUCCAGUUGGCACGACCAAAUUCGACCUCGAUUAGAGGCCGUGGAGAAGCGAGGUAAUUUUGACAUUCACUUGUACGGAUCGCAUAUAUUAUCGACGUUUCCCGAAGGGAACGCCAAAACUACCGUGCCUUUUGAAAAAGUGGUCGAGAAUCAGGACCGCGAGGAGGUUUGCCGGUAUUUCUUGUCUUCGCUCAUGUUGGCUAAUACGUACAAUAUUGAUUUGGCCCAAGAGACCGGCCGACCGAAAUCGACCGACUUGGCCGACUUGCCCAUGGAUGGAGUAGAGCUCACGCUGCUCUCCAAAGUCCGGCAUCACGAAGACAUUUUGGCCGAUUUGGAUCGGUCACCAUUACGGAGGAAGACACCGGCCAAAGGUAAAGGGCGAGGCAAAAGCUCCAAGAACGACAAGGGCAAGGCGGCAUUGAUGAGCAAUUAGCUUGAUACCUGCGUAGACGUAUUCCUAAACCCUUUCCAAAUGUAAGUUCUCCUGGCCAGGCCUGGGAACCCAAGUGAAAACUUCGGGCGGCCAUCCAUCGAGUUUAUAUAUACACUUGUCAUUCAUCGGUUAGUCAGUAUUGAUUGCCCUUUAGUGAGUUUUGUACACACAGCGCCAUUGAAACAGAACGGAGGAUAUUAAAACAACUGAAAUAGUUUGGCUAAUAUGUAA